CAUGGGUUCGAAGCCAACCAUGUCCGACAACUGGUUGCAGUCGAGCCUAAGAUCGUGUUGCCGAUGGCCACCGGGACCAACUGAUUAGAAAAAAAAAAUUAAAUAAAAAAAAAAAAAUUAUUUUUAAAAAUUAAAAAAAAUUUCUGUUCAAUUGAGAUAUAAAAAAAUAAUUUGUAUCGAGUGACCAAAAGAGACCGCGCGACAACAGGUGGAUCGUUUUACUCCGAGAGAACUGACACCAAAAGGAGUCGGGAAAAAAAAAAGAAAAAAAAAAAAAAACGAAAGGGGACUUACUUUGUUAUACAUAUGGUGGUCAAUUUUUUAACACGGAAGGUGUUUCCAAGGACAAAUUUCCGAGUGAGGCGCCAUGGAUGAUCAACGGUUGCCUUGAACUACGUCCAAGAAAACAAUGAGUAUGACAACAAUGAAACCACCACCGCGGUUGCUGCUGCUGGUUGGAAUGCUUAGUGUUACAAUGGCAACGUCACCUUGUCCGUGGUCAAGUCACGUGCCAAAACUUGAUGGCUCUUGUAUUUGUGAUUACAAUCUCGCCAAUGAAUUAUCAAUUCAAUGUGAUAUUGUUGAUUAUAAUCAAUUAAUAAGGGCAAUGCGUCGUUAUGCUGGUCAAAUGUCAAUUGAUCUUUUUUACGUGAAUAACAGUACAAUUGGAACAUUAAAUUCAUCAUUGUCAUCCCUUAGAAUAACAAAUAUUCAACUUUCUGGUUGUCGAAUAAAAACAAUUGAAUCUGAUGCCUUUAAAGGACAAGAGACGAGUCUUCGAACAUUAAAUUUAAGACACAAUGAACUCACUGAAAUUCCAUCAUUAGCCCUUAAAUCAUUGACAAAUCUAACUGUUCUCGAUCUUUCUGUAAAUAAAUUUAAAACAAUUGACGAUGAAGCAUUUUUCAAUUUAAAAUUGGUAACAUUAAAAUUAUCCGAUAAUCCAGUGGUGCUUAAUUCAGGUGCAUUUAAAGGUCUUGAAAAGACAUUAAAAAAUUUGAAUUUAAAAGGAACGAGACAAAAAAUUGUACCCGAAGCACUUCGGGGAUUGGGUGCUCUAGCAUUUUUAGAUUUAUCACAAAAUAGUAUUCAACGAUUACCAGGACUCUCGGGAAUUAAGACAUUCGAGGGAUUAAAUUCAUUAACUGGUUUAAAUCUCGAGAGGAAUUUAAUUGGUGAAAUUGGUCCAGAUGCAUUUUACGGCGUUAAAAAUACACUAAGUUCACUUAGUUUGCUAAACAAUGUUCUACAGGUCUUUCCAACUAGCGCCAUCAACAGCGUUCAUGAUUUGAAGGUCUUGGAUAUUGGAUUCAAUUUAAUUGCCGAAUUACCAAUAGAAGCAUUCAAAAAUAAUCCAUCAAUAACGCUACUUGCUAUUGAUGGUAAUCCCUUGUCAUCAGUGCCCGAGGAAGCUUUUCUUCGUUUAAACAAAACCCUACGUGGUUUAAGUCUUGGAGGUCCAUUUCUCGUGUGCGAUUGUAAAUUACGAUGGAUCGUCGAAUGGAUGAGAUCGCGGGACCUUCAAGUAACAAGUCGUGAGAAACCAAUCCAGUUUUGCGGCAGUCCUCACAGACUUCAAAACAUCAGUUUUUAUAAUAUUGACCCUGAACAAAUGGUUUGCGAAGGUACUACAGAAGUGGUAGGAAUUGGAACAGUGGAAAGUGUCGAUACAAAAGGACCAUUUGGACCAGUAAAUGGAGUUGUUGAAGGAUUAUUACCAAUGCGAUCAACAAAAGAACCAAAGACGACGACAACGACGACAACAACAAUAAUUCCUAGUACAAUGUCAACUGAAAUUUCAAUAAUUGAUAAACAAUCAACACAUUUACCAACAACAACUUUUUCAACAUCUACAAAUAUUCCAUUAUCAUCAUCAUCAUCAUCAUCAACAACAAAUCGUCCAAUGUCAAGAACUGGAAAUGUCUACAUAACUCGAACAACAAUGCAACCGAAAUUUAAUUCAGAACCAGUUCAACAACAACCAAAACAUCCUCUUGUCUUUGGUUCACCGCCUUUUAAAUCAAAAGCCGACAGAGAGGAAAUUAUCGUCAAGGACGUUCUCAGACAAGAUAAUUCUGUAAUUAUUUUCUGGGAUACUGAAGCGCACAAUAUUUUGGGAUUCCGUGUUAUUUAUAGACUAUUUGGUGAUUCAAGUUUUAAACAAGCACCGCCAUUAGAAGCAAGCGAGAGAGAAUUUAAAAUAAAAAAUGUCCCAUCACAGGAAUGCAUGGUGGUUUGUGUUAUUUCAUUGGAGGAUACAAAUGUAACACCAGCAAAUGUACCCUAUAAUCAAUGUCGUGAAAUAAGAACAGACAAUUCACCAACAUCAAAUAUGGAUAAAAUAACAAUAGCCGCAAGCGCUGCAAUUUGUGCAACAAUUGUCGUGGCAGUUAUUAUAUUUUUAGUUGCAAAUCGUCGUCGAGCAAGAAAACUUCAUACUCUACAUGAUAUGGAUCAUCAGACAAAAAUGGGUGGACCAAUAACAAGUUUACCGGUUAAUUGUUGUUCAACAGUUGGUCCAACACCAAGUCCAGGUGGUCCUCUACCAUCAAUGGCAACAUUAAGUGCAUAUAAUGCACAAAAAGAAUGGGAUCAAGUAUCAGCGUAUAGUGGACGUAGUAUACCAAGGCCAAGAAUAUUUCCCGUUGAUCGUCAAGGAUCUAUAAACAGAGCAUCAUGUAUUGAUGAACUUCGACAAUCACAAUCAGGGCAUUACACUACUGGAAAAUCGCCACGUUCCAUUGCUGAUGGACAAUCACAACAUAGUUUCUCAAAUAAUUCAUCACGUUAUUUUGGCAAUGCUACAUUGACAUCUAAUUUGAUUAACACUAGACCAGAACUACGACAAUCGCGUCAAUCAUUGGCAGCAGCUUCUGAUAGAAUGUCAAGAGCAAGUUUUCCAAAUGUCAAUCAUUUACCACCGCAAGCAACAUCGCGAAGACAACGUCCACGUUCACGAAAUCGUACAUUGGAACAAAGUCAUGUCCCACGUCCAGGAAGUCGAUAUAGUUUAGCGGAAUCAACACACACGCUCAAUAAUUACGAUGAGAAUAAUUAUGAUCACGAUAUGGAUAUUUAUAUGGCUCGUAAUCCAACCACAAGAGGUGGACUCGUUCCACUUUAGAAUUUUCGAUUUUUUUUUUCUUUUUUUUUGCUCAACUCGGAAAAUUCGUCAAUGAUUAUUAUCGUGCAAUAAUCGAACGAAAUUUUAUAAAAAAAAAAAGAAAAAUCAAAACUUGUCUUCCCUUUUUGCAAAAAGGAAUAUCUAUUUUUAACUAAUCUGAUUUUCAAUAUUUCUAGAUAUUUUUGAAAUUAUUAUAUAUAAAUUUGUAAUAAAAAGAGAAAAUGUCUGCUAAAAUUUAUCACUAAUUCUCUUAGUGUACAAAAUAGAAAAUGAUAAAUACUCAAUGUACAGACUAAUUUCCUUCUAUUAAAUUCUAAAAAAAAAAAAAAAAAAAAAUAACAUUAUUCUAAGAAUAAUAUUCAAGAAUUUAAUAGAACGUUUAGUUUUUAGAAUUUUUGAAAAAUUCAUAAUUAGUUUCUUUUCCAUUUACUGAGAUUAGAGAGUUUUUUUUUUUAAUCAAAUUAUGGCAAAAAGAAUCAGUGCAAUGAAGGCCGGAUAAUUUCCAAAGAAAUUUUUUUUUUUUCUUGAGAAAAACUCUCACUGAAACUGAGUUUUUUUUUAGUAAUAGAACCACUACACUCAUUUUCAGUACACAAAUGUGACUCAGUAUUCACUGGUAAUUAUAAUAAUUGUAAAUAUCGUUUACCAAGUGACUUUUUAUAUAUCUAUUUUUUAAUUAAAAAAAAAACAAUGGAAUAUUUUGUACUCGACUUCGAUAAAAUUAGAAAAAUAAAAAGAUUUACUCACCCUGG